GAAUUAUAAAUUCCAAAAAGGCCACUCAACUCCCAGAACCCAACCCGGAAAUUCUACUCUGUCGGCUGCUGCUACCACUACCACUUUCAAGACGCUCACCAUGAAGGGCUUUCUGCUGCUCAUCCUGUCUGCUGUGCUCUGCUGGGUCUCAGCUGACAUUCGCUGUCACUCCUGCUACAAGGUCCCUGUGCUGGGCUGCGUGGACCGGCAGUCCUGCCGCCUGGAACCAGGACACCAAUGCCUGACAACAAAUGUGUAUCUCGGUAAGAUGUGGGUUUUCUCCAAUCUCCGCUGCGGCACACCAGAAGAGCCCUGUCGGGAGGCCUUCAACCAAACCAGCCACAAGCUGGGCCUGACCUAUAACACUACCUGCUGCAACAAGGACAACUGCAAUAGCCCAGCCCCUCGGCCCACCCCGGCCCUGGCCCUUGUCCUUGUCACCUCCUUGGCUGUCCUUGGCCUCUGGCUGUUGCACUGAAAUCCACUCUGUGGUUGCCCCUCCUCCCACCUGCCUUGGCCUGAGCCUCUCUUCUUCUGUCUUUGUAACCUCUGCUUCCCUUUGCUCGGAAAAGCAACCCUCCAGACCCUUCACAUUUCUUUGCUUAGACAGUGGUCUCCCGCUCCAUCCUUCCACCCCACACCCUCCACUCUGCUUUUCCGGAGUCCUUCCCCAUUUCCCUCAGACCACCCCAGAUCCUCCAUGGCCCCCUAAAAGGGCUCCCCCCUUUGCCUCCUGCACACUCCCAUGCCCUCCUUGGGGAGGGAUUGGAAUCUGGGCUGGAAAUGGGGGUUCUGCCCUGUCCCCAGUGAAGGCUCCCAAGAAGGACCUGAUGACCUCAUUGUAUGAGCUGAUUCCCCACACCCUGGCUGUCAUACGUGCCCCAGCCUCAUUCUCACCCCUUUCCAUUUUGAGUAAUAAAUGUCUGUAUCUGAUCAA